AAAGGGGAGGAACUCUACUCUGAUCUUCUUCGGAUUGAAGGGCUGAGAUUGAGUCCAUUUGAUUGAUAUAUAAGCUAAUUCUUUGUAGUUAGUUGAAAUAGUUUUUCAUUAUCAGUUUACAACACGAGGAGAGAGAGAGAAGAAUUGGAGAGGAAAUUCUCAUCAAGAGUGUUGUGAGCUGAUUUGGUAGCUGGUUUUCUUCCUUCUCAACGUUGAGACUGCCAAGAAUUGGGGGCUCUUCAAAAGAUGUACAAGCUCGCCGAAGCGUAUGUACCACCUCGACAGAAUUGGGGAUGAGAUUGAGUCGAUCCGAGCUAGGCUUGAUGCCACUGACAAAAGCUGCGAGAGGUACGGGAUCAAGGAUCUCGGAGAGGCGGCCGAGUCGGCAUCGAGAUGGGAAGUUGAAUUGCGGCGGCGGUUGUGUCCUUGGCAAAAGGACGAACACCUUGUGGGCGUUGAAGAUGAUGUGAAAAAGCUGCUGCAAGAAUUGAUUCUUUAUGAGGAGAAGAAAGGGCUUUCCAUUGCGGUGUUAGAGGGCAUGGGUGGGAUCGGGAAAUCAACACUUGCCCGGGAAAUAUACAACCACCCCAAAGUCGUUGCUGGUCCAUUCGACUGCCGUGGUUGGGUUGUGGUGUCGAGUGAAUUUACACCACAAGAGACCAUCAAGCAACUUAUCUUCCAGCUGCAAAUGUCUGAGGAAGAUAAAAAAGAGCUGCUUGACGAAAUCAAGAAACAGGAGGAGUCUAUGAAGGAUAAGCUGUUUGUCCAAGAGGAGCUGAAACAAAUGCUUCAUAAGCAAUUGGAGGGCAUAUCAUAUUUCAUAGUUCUCGAUGAUGUUUGGGAGAAGCAACAUUUAGAAUCUCUCAUCACUGCUUUCCCAAAUCAACAAGGUAAAUCAUCUACAAUUUUCCUAUACUAAUUAGUUUUAGAUCUUACUAGUGCGCAAUCCGACGAAAUUCAACGGGAAUUUAUUUUAAAUUAUUAUUUAAAUUAUAUGAUACUCUCUCCAUCUUCCAAAAUUAUGCAUACCCUAUUUUUAGACAUUAUCUCACAUAUAAUUUUUACAAUUUUAUCCUUUUAACUUACACUAUUUACUCAUGAGUUAGUCUUGCAUCAGCAUAUAUAUAAUAGAGUUUGGUAAUUAAAAACAAAAUAGUGGUGUGGUGCAAUGGCAAUGAGUGUGACUUGUAAGCUUAUCUCAAAUUCUCAAUGGUAAGGAUUCGAACCCCUUAGUUUACAUUUUCUUGUGUCUUUCUUUUUUCUC